AUGUUUUUGGUAACUAACUCCACUCAAGUCCCCUUCUACUUCAUCCUCAUGGGCAUACCUGGCUUUGAGGUCUUCCAUACAUGGACUUCCAUCCCAUUCUGUUGUCUCUACACUGUCUCCAUUGUGGGCAACAGCGUCAUACUGGCUGUCAUCAGGGCAGAGCCCUCCCUCCAUGAGCCCAUGUACUUGUUUCUCUCCAUGCUGGCCCUAAUAGACCUGGGACUUACCCUUACCACUUUGCCGACGGUCAUGGGCAUCCUCUGGUUCAGUGCCUCAGAGAUCAGCUUUGAGGCUUGUUUUACUCAGUUCUUCUUUCUCCAUGGAUUCUCCUUUAUGGAAUCUUCUGUGCUAUUGGCCAUGUCCUUUGACCACUAUGUGGCCAUCUGCCACCCCCUCCAUUAUUUUUCCGUCCUCACCAAGAAGGCAAUCAGCAGAAUAGGUAUAGCCAUCAUUUGUCGCUGUCUUCUGGCUGUUCCUCCCCCACUGUUCCUGUUGAAAAGACUCCCCUUUUGUGGUUCCCAUCAUCUCUCCCACUCCUACUGCCUCCAUCAAGACAUGAUCCGCCUGGUGUGUGCUGACACUACUAACAAUAAUUGGCAUGGAUUUGCCCUAGUUCUGCUUAUUAUCGUACUGGACCCCCUGCUCAUUGUGCUCUCCUAUGCACUCAUCCUGAGAAGUGUCCUGAGAAUUGGCUCUCAGGUUGAAAGGCUCCGGGCCCUCAAUAACUGUCUGUCCCACAUUUUGGCUGUUUUGAUCCUCUAUGUGCCCAUGGUGGGUGUGUCCAUGACUCACCGCUUUGCCAAGCAUGUCCCUCCAAUUGUACACAUCAGUAUGGCCAACAUUUAUGUACUGGCACCUCCCGUGAUGAACCCUAUUAUCUACAGUAUUAAAACCAAACAGAUCCGUCGAGGGAUCUUAUGUCUGCUAUUUCCUGUAAAAUAG